AUGGAAAGCUCUUCACUUUCGUUUUCAGGAAAGAAGAAGAGUGAGCUAACAUUGCCAACAACAGUAAAUUUAGAAACAGAAUCUGAUGAAUCAAUCGAUAAAAUUCAAAUAUACGAUGAAAUGCAAGAAAGAAUGGCAGAUUAUCUUGAAACAAAGCAACAAGUUGGUUCUUUACAAAAUCAAAUUGCAGUUUUUAAGCAAAGACUAUUACAAAUGGAAAACGAUUUUAAUAAAGAAAAACAAGACUUACAUGAUCGUUUGAUGGAUCUUGAAAACAAAAAUGAGCACUUGACAAAUGCUAAUAGCGAAUUAAAUAAGAAUAUCGAAGAAUUACAAAAUGAAAAUAACAAAAUGCAUGAAGAAAUAAUUCGAUUAGAAAAUAAGAAUCAUACAGAUCAGUUAGCUCGAAAGGAAAGUAUGGACAGAAUGCUUAAAGAAAGAGAAGAACAUUAUAGAUCAAUAAUUACUAAUCUUGAACAAGAUGUUGCCAAAUUCAAGGAUCAAGCAAGUUCAUCUCAAGUUGAAUUCGUUCAGUGUCGUGAUUCUCUUCUCAAGAAGUCAGCUGACUAUGAAAAAUUACAACAUGAAUAUUUUGAGAUGAAUACUAAAUGUGAAUUAGCUAUUGCAGACCAAAAAGAAUCAGAGGAUAGAUGUAAAUCACUUAGAUCUAUUAUCAAGCAGCAGCAAGACGAAAAUUCUUCAAUGCAUCAGUUGUUCCAAACUCAAAGUGAUAAACUUGCAAGUGUUGAGAAAGCUUUAGAUGAUAAGACAGCUUUGAUUAGAACUGUUGUCAAGGAAAGAGAUUCGUUACAAUUAAGGCUUUCAAAAAUUAGAGAAAUCCUUCCAGAAUACAGUGAUUUCACUGAAUUUUAUAACAAGCUUAAAGAAAGAGUCGAAAUAGCUGAAGCAUUGCCUAUUGAACUCCGAAAAUACAAGAAAAAACUUGCAAAUGCCAUUAAAGCUUUGCAAAUUUCAGAUGCAAAAUAUAACGAAAAAGAUUCAAAGUUAGAUGAAGCACUAAAGCAUGCUGAUGAAUUAAAACAAGAGCUUAAUAACACAAACGCCGAAAAUUCUGAUAUCAGACACAAAUUUGGCUUAUUAAAUAUCAUUAAAACAAAUGUUUCAGUUAUUGAAGCAUCAAAUAGAGAGAUAUCUCAUAGAUUUAAUGAAAUUAAGGCUUCGUUAGAUAACACAGUUCCACACUUUUCUUUAAGAUCCUUAUUAAUUUCAACCAUUGUUCUUAAGCGCUGGAAGAAUCUCCUUGGAACUCCUCGUGCAUAUGAGAAAGAUACAAGAAAUUGGUGGUGGAUCUGUGGUGACAUGGAAGUCAAGCAGCAAAAGAAUUGGAUAAAUGAGAAAAUUAAUCAGGUCAAAAGUGUUGAAAAGGAACUUAAUGAUCAAAUUUCCUCACUUAAAUCAGAAGUUGCAAGGUUGACGGAUUCAUGUCAGCAGAAAGAGGAAGAGAUUGCUGCAAAAGAUUCUCAUAUCUACCAGCAAGAUGAUAGGAUCACAAAAUUGAAUCUUAAAAUAGAAGAUCUUUCCAAUCAAGUUAACAUGAUGGUAGAUCCAUCAGUUCACAAGGAAAUCGAGGAUUUGCUUUGGACAACAAAAGCAAAACUAGCAGAAACUCUUAAAGCUCUUUCUAAGACAACAGAGAACUUAGUAUUCUUACAACAUGAAUGCUCAGUCUUGAGACACAUGAAAGAUAAUUCAACAGAUAAAAGUACUCAAGUUAACGAUGAAAAUCAAAAGUUGAAGAACAGAAUAUCCAUGUUAGAAAGAAAAAUCAAAGAGUUGAAUGUGAGGCUUGAACAAAAAGAUCAAGAGAUUAUCAAUAGCGAAAAGAAAGCAAAGAAGGUAGAGCCGUAUUAUAUUACUGGAUAUGACUUACCUGGUCGUCAAAAGGCUGUUAUAUCAUGUAUUCCACCGAAUAAUAAUUCGAAUAAUUUCUUCUAUUGA